AUGCUUCGUCGUCCUCCCGAGCUACCUCGAUCAAUUAAUGAUCGUUUAAAUCGUUUAGCUAAUACUGUAUUCACGCCAACAAAAUAUGAUGCACAACUUUCUCCCGAUUAUUUGAAUUUUCGUCAACGUAUCGAAGUUGAUUAUGCUUCAAGUCUUCCAUUACAAAUGUUAUUAUAUUUCAAUCUCUGUUUUUUUCCUUGUUGGUUAUUUUCACACAUAUUUGUAUUACCCGUAUUAACCAUUUCUAAUAGUAAUCAGCAUAUUAUUUUGAUGAUAUUUGCCUUUGUAUUCAAAGCAAUUAUUGAAAUUGUUCGACUAUAUUUGGGAUAUGCCGGAAAUCUUGGUGAACGAAUGCCCGAACUGACAGCAUUUUGUUUAUUAACAAUUAUUUUUCAAGUACCAUUAACAUUAUUUCUACUUUUGUAUCAAAUUAUCGCAAUGAUUCAGAUUUGUAUGGCUCUGAUACUUGCUGUUCGCGAUGCUCGACCGAUGAUCGAUAGUCGUCCACCCAGAACAUAUAUGCACUUACACAUGAAAUUAAAAAAACUUCAGUUGGAAGAAGAACGACUGGCGACUGUAGAACGUGAUAAUCGAAUAUUAUUAGAAAAAAUGUCGACAAUCAUGCGUACGACUGGUCGAGUAGAAAAUAGAAAUGAUUAUAAUCCUAAAAGUUUGAAUCAUGAAAAACGACGACGAGAACUGUUGCGUGUUUCAAAAGAAAAUUCAACUAUGAUUAAACGUAUCACAAAUCGAAAAGCAGACACAAGUCGAGAAGCAUGGGAACGUAAUUGGUCACAAAACAUGAAUUAUGCUAACAAUAUAUCAAAGUAUGAUGUAGAUUGGCAUGAACAUCCAAAGCCGUCCACUAGUCGAUCAGCAACCGAUCGACAUGAUUCAGUACGUAACGAGAAGCGAUCUCAUGACAUUGAUGAAAAACCAAAAUCUGCAAGAAAAGAAGAACAACAAGAAUAA